AUGUCCAAGCAAGUCAGCCGCAUCAGCCCCUACUUCCCCAUCGCAGUCUUAUUGGCAAUCCAGGCCUUCGACAACUACCACCUGCUCCACGUUGUCCUCGGUCACCCGCUCGCAUCUACUGUCGAACAGGGAUGCCCAGCCCGCACAGGCGCCUUCGCCCUCAUACCGCCUCUCAACAAGAUCUGCUGCAUUCUCUCGAAUGCCUUUGAGAUUGCCAUGGGUGACCCUGUAUGUCGGGUUGUCCUGGCAGAGUUUUCUGUCUUGAUUGCAGCCGUCGCUGUCAUUUCUCACAUCGCUGCCAAUCGUGCAUCUGCUAGCUGGCCCGUCAAGUACGGCGCAACGAUUGUUCUCGUCCUUGGCCAGCUGCUCGGCGUCGCCAAUAUCAUGCCCAUCUUUUAUGCACUCAUCAUCUGGCGCAGCAGCGCAUCGGCACGCGCUUCUUUCCUUCCCUCUGGCGUGUCACGCGCUCUGCUGCCUGCCAUCGUCGUCGGGUACUUCUUCCUGACUGCACCCAUGCUGGUGCCAGACAUGUUCACCAAAGGAACCUUGCGCAUGACGAUGGAGCUGUGGCAGCCCUUCCCAAUCUACCUGGCAGCACUCAUGGCCGUGCUAGGCUCCUACUUCUACGCCAUUUCUAAUCGCCAGCUCACAGCGAGCGAUGCUGUCAUCUCCACCUCAUUUCUGGUGAGCACCACCGACUUCUUGGUGCUCUGCUCUCUCCUGACACACGGCCUUGCCAUCUACUUCUUUGUGACGCUCAGACCCGCCCUCAAGGACUUUAUCCCCAAUUUGGAUAUGCGCACAGCGACAGAUGUCUACAGGACCUUCUUCCUGUUUGACUUUAUUGGCUGCUUGACGGCCACCUGGACUCUCAUCUUUUAUGACACGACGCGGUUCGCUGGUCUUGGCCGGGCGAGUCCGCUGGCUGCAGUCGUUGUUGCCAUUGUCGGGACACUGAUUCUGGGCCCUGGAGGAGCCGUGGCAUGGGCUUGGGCGAGUGUAGAAAAGGCACGCUUAUCGGCACUCGUCGCAGACCGGAAACCAAGUGAUCGUAAGAUCUCUUCAUAA